AGGGGCGCCCGCAGCCAGCCGCGCAGCAUGCACUGGGGGGUUGGCUUUGCCUCGUCCAGGCCGUGCGUGGUGGAUCUGAGCUGGAACCAGAGCGUCUCCUUCUUCGGCUGGUGGGCCGGGUCCGAGGAGCCCUUCUCCUUUUAUGGGGACAUCAUCGCUUUCCCUUUGCAGGAUUACGGUGGGAUCAUGGCAGGGCUGGGCUCCGAUCCCUGGUGGAAGAAAACCCUUUACUUGACCGGGGGAGCUUUGCUGGCCGCAGCUGCGUAUCUGCUCCACGAACUCCUGGUCAUUAGAUUUGACAGGAAACAGCAAGAGAUUGACUCCAAAGAUGCUAUUAUUUUGCAUCAGUUUGCAAGACCUAACAAUGGUGUCCCCAGUUUAUCUCCUUUCUGUUUGAAAAUGGAAACUUAUUUAAGGAUGGCUGACUUACCCUAUCAGAACUAUUUUGGUGGAAAGCUCUCUGCUCAAGGGAAAAUGCCUUGGAUUGAAUAUAAUCAUGAAAAAGUUUCUGGGACAGAAUUCAUAAUUGACUUUCUGGAAGAGAAACUUGGAGUGAAUUUAAACAAAAACCUUGGUCCUCAUGAAAGAGCCAUCUCCAGGGCAGUGACUAAGAUGGUGGAGGAGCAUUUCUAUUGGACCUUAGCUUAUUGCCAGUGGGUGGACAAUCUCAGUGAGACCCGGAAGAUGCUCUCUCUUAGUGGUGGCGGUCCCUUCAGUAACCUGCUGAGGUGGGUUGUGUGCCACAUAACGAAAGGAAUCGUGAAACGCGAGAUGCACGGCCACGGCAUUGGCCGCUUCUCAGAGGAAGAGAUUUACAUGCUGAUGGAGAAGGACAUGCGGUCUUUAGCAGGGCUUCUGGGUGAUAAGAAGUACAUCAUGGGGCCCAAGCUUUCCACUCUUGACGCCACCGUCUUUGGACACUUGGCACAGGCAAUGUGGACCUUACCAGGGACGAGACCUGAGCGGCUGAUAAAAGGUGAGCUGAUCAAUCUUGCCAUGUACUGUGAGAGGAUAAGGAGGAAAUUCUGGCCUGAGUGGCACCAUGAUGAUGACAACACCGUCUAUGAGUCCGAGGAGAGCUGUGAAGACAGCAAAACGCAUACGCCCCUGCUGGACUUCAGCUCUUACUCAAGGACAGAGACCUUUGAAGAUGAGGGAGCAGAGAACAGUUUUUCCAGAACCCCAGACACGGAUUUCACUGGACACUCGCUCUUUGAUUCUGAUGUGGACUUGGAUGACUACACAGACCAUGAACAGUGCAAGUGACGUUCAGCCCCGCCGACCCUCCUCUGUUGGAGCUGCCAUUCCCUGGGGUCAGUCCAGUUUCCCGGGUGGAAAUCCAUCCGCGCUGGGAGGAGAUCUUCGUGCUUGACACAGUUCUCACAAGCUAACGGGACUAGAGCAGCCUUAUUUCUUUUUUGUACAAACAAGACACAGAACCAUUCCGAUGGCUCCAUUUAAAAACAAA